CAUCAUGGGCAAAGUUUCCUUCUCUACUGCUAACCUCUUUUCUGUGUUGCAGCUACUAAGACAACCUGAGAAGAAGCUCCAUGAAGGUGACCAGCCAUGCAAUGUUCCUGGAAGGCUGUCCUCCUACUAGCUUUGGCAUCCAUUGCUAUCCAGUACACAGCUAUCCGAACUUUCACUGCCAAAUCCUUCCACAGCUGUCCUAUCCCCAACCCAGUGAACUGCAGCCUGAGCCAGGAGACUGAUUCAGCCGACAGGCUAUGUGACGAGAACCCCACCUUCACUUACAACCUCUCCAGGAAGACGCACGUCCUUAUCCUGGCCACCACCAGGAGUGGCUCUUCUUUUGUUGGACAGCUGUUUAACCAGCACUUUGAUGUCUUCUAUUUAUUUGAGCCCCUCUACCAUGUCCAGUACACCCUGAUCCCAAAGCUGACACAGAGCAAGAGCACCACUGACAGGCGGGUCAUGCUGGGUGCCAGCAGAGACCUGCUGAGGAGCCUUUAUGACUGUGACCUCUACUUCCUGGAGAACUACAUCAAACCCCAACCAGUGAACCACACGACAGACCGGCUCUUCCGCAGAGGGGCCAGCAAGGCCCUGUGCUCUCCUCCGGUUUGCGAAUCUCUGGGUCCCAUCGACCUCCACCUGGAGGAAGGGGACUGUGUGAAGAAAUGUGGCACCUUGAACCUGACAUUGGCCACAGAGUCUUGCAAAGAGCACGGGCAUGUGGCCAUCAAAACAGUGCGUGUGCCAGAGGUCAGUGACCUCAGGGCCUUGGUGGAGGACCCUAGACUAAACCUGAAGGUCAUACAGUUGGUGAGAGAUCCCAGGGGUAUCUUGGCUUCCAGGAGCGAGACCUUCCGGGACACCUACAGGCUGUGGAGGAUCUGGGAUGGCACUGGCAGGAAGCCGUACAACCUGGAUGUGACUCAGCUCACCACAGUCUGCGAAGACUUCCUGAACUCUGUUUCCACAGGGCUAAACAGGCCCCCUUGGCUCAAAGGAAAGUACAUGCUAGUGAGAUAUGAAGACCUGGCCCGAAACCCUAUGAAAAAGACUGAGGAGAUUUAUGACUUCCUGGGCAUCCCCAUGGACAGCAACGUCGAGAGGUGGAUACAGAACAACACGCGAGGAGACAGGUCCUCGGCCAAACACAAGUAUGGGACCGUCCGAAAUUCAGCAGCAACAGCGGAGAAAUGGCGGUUCCGCCUCUCCUAUGAGAUUGUGGAGUUUACGCAGAACGCCUGCCAGCAGGUGCUAGUGCAGCUCGGUUACAAAAUGGCGGGUUCCGAGGAAGAGCUGAAAAACCUUUCCAUCAGCCUCGUGGAAGACAGGGACUUCCUGCCCUUCUCGUAACACAGCCAUUGGGGGCUUGUGCUCUAUUUUUAAUAUCUAACUGUUGCCUUAUUUUAUUUUAAUUUGUUCCCCACCCAAACCCCCUUUUUCUCUCCAAAAUUUGCACUAAAUCUUGAAUGGGAAUCUCAAUGGAGUUACAGUGAAGAGGCUGUCACCUCUCACCAAUGUGCUUUGGACGCAAAGGAAUUGGGUCUCAGAGCAAGAGCUAAAACUGUGGAUGGGUAACAAUGUUUACAAAACACACACACACACACACACACACACACACACACACACACACAAUGUAUAAAAACAUCCUUCAAGCUUUCCAAACCGAAGGGUACCUGGGGUACUGUACUUUUGCACUGUUUACUUUUACAAUGUAA